AUGACUUACUCGAACUCAUACAUUAGCACUCGUUUGACGCGUUCUAGGGGUCAAGCAAUACGGUUACUUUUGGAACACCUUGGUGUUGAAUACAAAGAGCGUCUGUAUGACCAGAGCGACGUAUCUGUGUGGUUUGAAACAGACAAACACUCAUUGGGUUUGGAAUUUCCCAACCUUCCCUAUUUCCUGGACGGAGACUUCAAAUUAACGGAGUAUCACGCCAUUCUGAGGUACAUUGCAGAAAAGCACGACACAGUUGGAAAAACCUUACAGGAAAGGGCAAAAGUUAGCAUGCUGGAAAGCGCCGCGUCCGAGUUACGCUUUGACAUUGCCAAGAUCGCAUAUAGCGCCCAGAUGGAAGUUGAACGUGAUAAAUUUUUGAAGAGAGUGCCAAUUAUACUUAAACACUGGUCAGCUUUCCUUGGAGAAAAACCUUUCCUACUGGGUGACUCAGUGAGUAUGAACUAACAAUUGUCUUGGAUGGUGCAACGUUUUCCUCUGCUUUCGUGUCAAACCAUAUCCGCAUGCAUUAACUAACAUCUAAACCACUAUGUAUUAAUACGUGUAAACUGGUUAGAGUCCGUUUUCUCCGGUACAUUAGUAUACUCUUUGAAGGAGAAGAUAUGACAUACAGCUUCACUUUGUA